AUGAAUUAAUCAUAAAAAAAUAAUAAUUAGUUUGAGAAAAAUAUAGAAAUAGAGAUACCUAAUCCUUCUAAAAGUUAAUAAAAUAAUUCUCUUUAAAAUUAAUUGUAAAAUAGUUAACAGGACUAAGAAUAAAUACAAUUUUUAUAAUCAUGUAUACGAUAACUAUUGUUACAACCAGACUAUAAAUAAAUUGAUAAAGAUGAUGAUUUUUUUGAAAGAGUAAAGUAAUAAAUUAGUGAUUUUUAAAAUAUCAAGAACAAAUCUGAUUUCAUUAAUUAGUUAAAAUAAGAAAUAAGUAAUAGAAGAAAGUAAUAAAAUUUGAAAGAAGUAUAAUAACAAAAAAAUUAUGAAAAAAAAAUCGAAAAAUUAAAACACCAUUUGAAGAAUCUGAAGGAGAAAUAUUAAGAAUUAUACUUAUAACUAUCUUAAUAUAAAGAUAAAAAUUAUAAUUUAGUGAUGGAGUUAAAGACAUAAUAGGAUUAAUUUCAAGAAAAUACUAUAUUGUAGUAAAUAGAAAAUAUGAGUAAAAACUCUAUAAAAAUUGAAGUAGAUGUUGCAUAGUUUAAGGAGAAUAUCUAAAAACUUAAUACGUAACGAUAGUAAACAAUUGAUAAAAUGAAAAAUUUAUUAAAAGAGUUUUAAUCUACUAAUAAAUAAUCGAAGACAAAAUAGGUCAAUAACAUAAAUGAACAAGGAAUUUAAAACAUAAUAAACUUAAUUAAAGAUUCAACUAAAUCAAUUUCAAAUAUGGAAUAGAGCAUAGACAGUUAUAAAAAAGAAUUAAAAUAAAUGUAAUAAAAUAAAAAUAAUAAAGAUUAUAAUUUAAUGGAAAAAUUAAUAUAGUAAUUCCAAAAUAAUUAAAAUUGUUUUAUUCAUGUUAGACAAAUUUUUGAAAAAAUAUUAACUAUCUUAAUGUUAUUUGGAUCCUUGAAUUAAAACCUAUAUAAACAUACUUAAGAGCUUGAAAAAUAAUUGUUAAGUUUAUAUCAUAAAAAUAAUGAAUUUGAAAAAUAAAUUGAAUUAUUAUUGAAGGAAUUGAAUGAACAAGAUUAAGAAAACAACGAUAUAAUAGAAAAAGCAACUUAUCCAUAAUCAAGUAGAUUAGGGAUACAAUCUACUAAUUAUUAACCCAAAUUCUAUAAUUAAUUCAUUGAUUAAAUAAGGGUUAAUAUAGAGAAUAUGGUUCGUAUAAAUUUGCAAUUUUUUUUUGAUUGGAAUUUCAAUAAUAAUUUUCAGAUAGCAAAUUCUUAAUUACUAGAAAGCACAAAGAGUUUUAAUAUUAGUUUACAAGAACCAAAUAGAUAGAUUGAAAUAGAUAGUAUGGAAAAUUAGUUGAAAAAGAGUUUGGGUUUUGUUUAACAGAUAUAUUCAUAAUAUCCUAAAUAAACUGUAGUUAAUUAGUAUAAUUAAUAAAGUUUAUAAUCCUUAUUGAAAAUUUUGUAAACGAUCUAAAAUUAUAAGAAAGAAAUUGAGACUCAUAAACAAACUAAUUAAAAUACCUAUUGA